AUGCGAACACUCACCUAUCUGAUAGUAGCAGCGACAUAUCAGGAGCAGAAACACGAUCCACGAGAGCACGAUGGGCCCGUCUUGAGCCAGGAUAGCAUCCAUUGCCGAAACAAUCGAUACCGCCACUCCGGCAGCGGCCAAUAUCCACUAGGCAAGGUCGGCGGCUACACGUUAGCACGCGCGUACGGACAGACGAAACGACAAGCUUCCCGGGACGAUACACACGGAUGCACGAUAAGCCCGGCGUGCAGAGAGCAGCGCCUCCUUUGUUCCACGGCGCGGACUGUACACAGCAGCAUGUGGGUAGGCGCGGGUCGAUGUCACCAACUGACACCGGAGAUAUGCGACGCUUGGCACAUGCGAGGC